AUGUAUUGCCAAGACUGCUUCAAUGGUCACUUAAACGUUAGCACAACAAUGGUUAGAUCCAAGAUAAGAACGAAGCUUCGGAAGUUUGGCCGCGCGCGGAGGAGUUCCCGACGUCCAAAAGUUACGAUCUUGAUAUGGAAAGAUAGAUACUUGAGUCAUGCAUCACGUCGAAGUGGAAUGAAGCCAUUUGGAUCAACUAUGAGGCCUAGACUUAUUUUCUACCGAGACAUGUCCGGUAAGCGAGCAAACGAAGCCCAUGGAGGAUUUGGAGUGUCUAAUGGCCCGAGCAGCAGCGCCAAAGGCCUUGAUCGAAUAGAGAAGAGGCCUGGCUAA